CGUAUAUUGAACUAGAUGAAUCUUGUAAUGUUUUUAUCCGCUUUUUGUGUUAUUACAGUAGUUUCAAUGCACUUUUAAAAUGUGUGGAUAACAGAGAUGAUGACGGGAUCUCCCCCUUGAAAACAAAAUGUAGAACAUAUACGUGAAUGCAUUUUAUCUGCUUUCCUGUAAAAUUUGAAUUGUGGCUAUGGAGGAGAGUACUGAGGAGAUGAGGGAGGAGUGGACCUUGCUCCUCUGGACCACGGUUGCUGUUCUGGUCCCAGUGCUCAUCACACUGUGGUGCAGCUUCCAGCGUCCCAAACGCAAAGUUUAUUUGAAAGAUUUGUUCCGAAAGAGCAAACACGGCUGGCACUACACGGACCUGUUCAACAAGCCCACCUACUGCUGCGUGUGUUCUCAGCCCAUCCUGCAGGGGGCGUUCUGUGACUGCUGCGGCAUAUGUGCGGAUGAGCAGUGCAUACAAAGGGCAGAUCGCAUCCUCUCAUGUAAGGAGAUCAUGACCCAGAGUCAGACAGAUGGGAUGUUUUACCAUCAGUGGGUCAGGGGAAAUGUCCCUCUCGCCAGCUACUGUGCCGAGUGCAAACAGCAAUGCGGGACUCAACCUAAACUCUGCGAUUAUAGGUGUGUAUGGUGUCAGACCACAGUGCAUGAUGACUGCCUUUCUAGUCUGAAUGAUGAUCUGUGUGAUCUUGGAGAGUUCCACUCUGUUAUCAUACCUCCAUAUUACCUCUAUCAAGUCAACAAGCUCCGCCGAAGACACCCUGAUGAGUACAGCAAGCUUGCUGCAGGGUGUGGGAGUGGCUGGACUCCGGUUCUGGUCUUGGCAAACACAAGAAGUGGUAACAACAUGGGCGAAGUUUUGCUGGGAGAAUUUCGUACCCUCCUGAACCCUGUGCAGGUGUUUGAUCUCUCUGAGCUGCCCCCCUCUAAAGCCUUGCAGAUGUGUACUCUUCUGCCCCCAGGCAGUGUGCGUGUUCUGGUGUGUGGGGGUGACGGCACAGUAGGAUGGGUUCUGGAUGCCAUUGAUACCAUGAAGCUGAAGGGUCAGGAUCAGUUUAUCCCUCUUGUGACAAUCCUGCCAUUGGGCACAGGCAAUGAUUUAUCAAACUCUUUAGGAUGGGGAGCAGGAUAUGCUGGAGAGAUCCCAGUAGAACAGGUGCUGAGGAAUGUUCUAGAGGCUGAGGUAGUCAAAAUGGACAGGUGGAAAGUUCAAGUUGUCUCCAAAGGAAACUAUUUUCGUAAGCCAAAGGUGUUGUCCAUGAAUAAUUAUUUCUCAGUGGGUCCCGAUGCUCUCAUGGCACUGAACUUCCAUGCGCACAGAGAGAAAACACCCUCCUUUUUCUCCAGCCGAAUCAUCAAUAAGGCAGUGUACUUCCUCUAUGGAACCAAAGAUUGUUUAGUGCAAGAAUGUAAAGAUCUGGAUAAGAGGAUUGAGUUGGAGCUGGAUGGAGAGCAAGUGACUUUGCCCAGUCUGGAGGGGAUAAUAGUGUGCAAUAUCGGCUACUGGGGCGGUGGCUGUAGACUUUGGGAAGGAAUGGGAGAUGAGCCCUAUCCUCCAACACGUGUUGAUGAUGGUUUAUUAGAGGUGGUGGGGGUGUAUGGAUCCUUCCACUGUGCACAGAUCCAGGUGAAACUGGCCAAUCCUGUGAGGCUAGGACAGGCACAUACAGUACGGCUGGUGUUGAAGAGUUCUCGAAUGCCAAUGCAGGUGGAUGGAGAGCCGUGGGCGCAGGGUCCAUGCACCAUCACCAUUACCCAUAAGACCCAGGCCCUCAUGCUAUACCACAGUGCAGAACAGACAGAUGAUGAUGACUCCAGUGCUUCAGAGGCUGAAGAACCCUCGGCCGAUCACAUUGACACAGCUAGCAACGCACAGAAAACAUUGUCUUAGUAAGACAGAGUCUUGCUAAGUCUUAGUAAGGCUGUAAUCACUCUGUUUGUGCUAUUUCCAUCCCAGAAAGUAAGACUCCCUGAUGUGAUAAAUGUCUGACGUCAUAAACAUAAAUGUACAUAAUGUGCAUGUGCUGCUUUAGUAAUAACAUCUGCAGUAGUUAUUUCUGGGAGUUUAAAAGCUCCUUUGUCUCUCAAGCACAGCUCCUGCUGUUCUCAAAGUGUCCACAAGAUGGCCAUCUCUGUUGAAACAUAGGUUUUGUAGAUUUGUGUGCAUAUUUUUUUUUUCUCCCAGGGAGUGUUACCCGGAAGCUCAAAGAAGUGGCUCAGGUUUUAGCAAUUUAGUCCACAGUGGAAUCAUAUUUAGCUGUAAGCAGAGCUCAGGCAAUCAUUAAAAAAGUUAGGUGGAGAAUGUUACAAAGCAAGCUGCUUAGACACAAAUGUUUUGCACUGAUCUUGAGUGCCAUAGGCCUGUGAAUAUACAACUCACUGCAGAAAUCUUGUAUUUGAGUUGUAUAAUUUAAACUGUGCAAUAAUUUUGUUUAGGUUCUUAUGUUUUGUUAUUCCUUUUGUGAAACACCUUUGCACUGCUUGAAUCUAGAGUAGAUUGUGAAUGGAUGUGCCAGUGAUAUCUUAUUAUUUUGCAACUCUUCCACUUGUGUUAUUGAGUUUGUGUUAUUAAUGAAAUGGCAGUAAUGUUUCAGAGCACUGGAUUAAGAUUCUUUAUUUUGUUGUUUGCAUAUGCUGCCUAUCAGGCAUUUUUAUUGUGUUUUAUUCAUUAUUCAGUUUCUCCACUUUUCCAUAGAGAUUUGUUACAUUUUUAUGCAUCCUGCUUGAGUAAAAUUGACUUUUCCUAGAAAAUAACCACCGUAAUAGGCUUUCUGAGAUUUUUCUUUAGUCCCACUCUUCCAAAUCUUUCAGGUUUCAGUGCAAUUGUAGCAUAAGAACAGUAAUGUUCUUGAAAGAAUUAAAACUAAGCCAGAAUAGAAAAAAGAAAAACAGCUUUAGGAGUGGUAAUAUGUAAUGUCAUGUGUUUCAUAUAAUCAUAUCUACAUCUAUGGCGUUCCUAUUAGUAGAGCACUCAAGCACAUGACAUUCUCUCCCUGAACUAGUGUCACCUCUGUUCGCAGGAGUUGCACAUAUUAUCCAUUAAAACCUUGUUUGAGAAAUCUGAGAUUUUGUUUAUGUAAUGUAUUUGAGUAAUUCAUAAUUUGGUUUAGGUCAUUUAAUAGUUAAUUUCAUGUUCAGAGUGAUUUUUACUGAAACAAUCUUACAAAUUGUUAAAGAAAACUGUAAUCUGAGUGGCAACCAUUUUUCUUAUAUAAUUGUAAAGGAGAUUUUAAUACUUUGGAAGCUAAAAGGUUUACAAGAGUGUUACCAAAAUACUCGAUAAUACUAGAUAAGGUAUAUAUCAUUUUUCCUCAGCAAAGACUGAAUAUUUUUCAGUUAAAUUUUCUUCAUCAGUUGUACAUCAAAAUUGAAGACUGCUGUAUCAGUCUUUAAAACAAGAAAGGAGAAAGGAUAAAAUCAAAAUUGUAAUAUUUGUUUUUUGAUCAGUGUCAUGAAAAAUUUCUUUUUCCAUUAUGUAUAUGUGUAUAAAUUCUGAAGCAGUGAUUGUGAUGAAAACAUUUUUAUGAUUGUAAUUGCUCUCUCUCUCUCUCUCUCUCGCGCUUUUUCCUCUUAAGACACCUGUUAUGUUUCUAAAACUGUAUGUUACACACACUCUAAUUGUCAAUGGGGUUUUAAACAAGAAUAUUAUUCUCCAUGGGAAUACGGAUAGUUGAUCAUUUUAAUCUUCUGGGAGUGCUGAAUGAAAUGGGAUUUUCUGUAUUGAAUAUUGAAGUUUGAAAUGUUUUGCACUGACUUCUGUAUGCUAGAAACAUGACACGUAGUUAAUA